AUGGAAAGCAUUAUUGUCAUUAGAGAUAUAUUUAGGAAAUACCCUAGAAAGUAUGAGAUGAUUCUUAAGGAUCUCUGUGAAAAUCUCAAAAGUCUUGAAGAUCCAGAAGCCAAAGCCUCCAUGAUUUGGAUUAUUGGAGAAUACGUUGAUACCAUCGAAAAUGCUGACACGCUAGUAGCCAAUACUCAGUCCCACGUUGUUACCGAUGAACCUGCAAAUGUCUAACAUUAAAUACUAGUUGCUGUCAUGAAGUUGUUUUUAUAAAGACCAAAUGAUGGAAAGGAAUUGAUACACAAUCUUCUUAAAACAGCUACUAUUGAAUGUGAAAACCCAGAUCUUAGAGAUAGAGCAUACAUUUAUUGGAGAAUGUUAUCUACAGAUCCAGAAUUAGCCAAAAAAAUAGUUUUUACAGAAAGACCAACUAUCUCUGAUUCCAGUUAUACAAUUGAAAAUGAACUCUUAGAUAAAUUAAUCGAAAAUAUUGGAAACUUGAGUUCUGUAUAUACUAAGAAACCUGAAAGCUUUGUUAAGAAAUUGAGAGAUGUGUUAAAUUCUAAAAUUGCUGAUAAAAUUGAUGAGGUCUAUGAUGCAGAAGAAUUGAUGGAAGGAAGACCUGAAGAUUAUAGUGAUUAAUAAGCAGGAUAAUCCAACGUCUAUGAAAAUAGUUAUGAUACCUCAUCAUAGAUUUAAUCUUAAUUUCUUAAAAAAUUGAUUUAUUAGAAUUAGAUGAACCAUAAUAGCAAUAAAUACCCUAAUAAAUACCAUAGUAACAAUAAAUACCCUAAUAAUAAUAAUAAUAAUAAUAAUAAAUACCUACUUAAUAAAUCUAAUAACCCAAUUAAACCUAAAAUGUUAGAAUACCAUUUGCUGAAGUCUUAAUAUGUUAAUACUCCAGGUGCAUAAUCGUAAAUUUUAGGAUUGUCAAUCGAAGCUGCCUUCCAAAAGAAUGGUGAUAAAAUUGUACUUGAUCUAAGAAUCACAAACAAAACCUAAGAUAAAACAUUUUCAGACUUCGGAAUUAAAUUUAAUAAAAAUCCAUUCAAAUUAUAACCUGAUGCUAUUGAAAUAUAAAGUCAACCUGUAUUUCCAGGUUAAACAUAAGUUACUUAAUCAUACAUCAAUACUAACGGCCCUGCAUCUGAAGAACCUCCUUAAAUGCCAUAUAAAAUUCAGGUUGCUUUUAAGACUAAUUUGGAUGUAUUCUAUUUCUUGAUCCCAAUGUCCUUAAGUGUUUUAUUUAGCAGCACUGCAAGCAUCACUUAAUAAAAAUUCAUUGAGUUGAGCCAAGCAUAAAAUCAAGCCAGAAAACAAGAAGUUCUUUAGAUUUAAAUAGAUCCAUAGAGAAUGAGAGAAAAGUUGGAACGCAAUUACUUUUUCUUAAUUGGAGUGAGAAAGGAUGAAAGGGGUGUUGAAUUGCUAUCCUAUGCAGCUACAUUAGUUAAUGGAAUGUCAUUAUUAGCAAAUGUGAUCCAUACACCUACUGCAAUCAAUUUGCAACUAUAAGUUCCUCAUCCCACAUUAAUGCCAUUAUUAUAUUAAGCAAUAGGGUUUAUUUUAACAUUAAAUUGAUAUAUAACAUAAAAUAUCAUCAAGUUUAU